UUUCCUUGAAAAAUCGUGCCUCCACUUGCCAAUGUCCCCAUUAUAUUGGGAUGUUCCUUUCUUACAUAUGGAUAAGGCAACAUUUGCGAAAAAUAAACGGGCAUGGACAGAUGAUGCAGACGUAAUGGAUCUUAGCGUCAAACGAUCGAAAAGGGCGGUUACUUCACCUUCCGAUGAUCUUGCGAAUUUAUCGAUCAACCCGACAUCCGAAGUGGAUGACGAAGGAGUUUCUUUGUCCUCUGCAAGCACACCACUUGGAGCAUCCAACCAUUGUACUUCCCCUUCAUUUGCAUUGAAACCCGUGGUUAUAUCCACCCGAACAUCCAAUCCACCAAUUGAAAACCAGCAAUACCAACAGAUUAACCAAAUACUGCACCAGGUACAUGUGUCACGACAUGGAGAUCCUGAAGUCCGCGAACGCUGGUGGGAAGAUCGACCAGAUACCGACAUGGAAGAUGUGCAGGAACAUGGAUAUCAUUACGAUUCCAUGAAUGCCUUGCUACGGCAAGUUUUCCUUCAACGCCAUGCUCACAGCUCGCCAUCCAGUAGUACCCCUCAUUCCCCUUCAUGAUCCUUUUUUCGUUUUUCCCAUGCUGCUCAUCAUCAUAACUCAUUUGCCAUAUCCAAUUGAUUGCUUCGCUCUCGACAUACCACUGUACUCUAGCAUUCUUACAUAUUUCCUCCAUUAUUCUCAAUACAUAUGAUUGGCUGCGCCAGAAUAUAGAAAUGCUUCCACUUGUUUGUGAAGCCCAUAAUAUCACAGGCGUAAUCCUUUGCG